AUGAAGGGGAACUUAAUACUCUCUCUUAACAAUGCUAAAGAUUAUCUAAAGAAUAAAAACGAUGAAGGGAAUAAUGUAUAUGAUCAUAUUUGUGACAUCAUCAAUUUUAUUGUUGUUGAAAAACCGGAGAAAAGUUAUGAAAACUUUGAACUUAUAUCAAAUCAUAUAAAAGAAAGUAAAAAAUGUAACGAUGUAAGAAUAAUAGAUGAAAAAAAAGAUGGAGGGGAAAGGGAAAAAAACAAUCUAGAUAAUUAUAUAUUAAAUGAUCACAUAAAAAAGAAAAAAAAAUGGUUACAUAAAAUGAAAAAAUGGUACUUCGAAAAUAAUAUGGAAAAGAAAAAAAAUAAUAAAACAUUAUUGUUACCAUUCUUACAUAAUAUAUUUGAACAAAUGAAAUUAAUAAAUUGGGCUGGAUAUCAUGUUAAAAAUAAUUUAAUAUGUUAUAUUAAUAAAUCCAUGAAAAAUAUUAUACAACAAUAUAAAGAUGAACUCUUAUAUUUACGUUUCUGGGGAAUUAUUAAGGGUACACAUAAUGAUUAUUAUAUUCUAGAGGGACAGGUUAAAAAGGAUAUAACUAUUUUUUCAAAAAAGAAAAAAAAUAAAGCCGACAACUCUUCUUAUGAUGAUGAGGACAUAAAGCAAGAUGGGCAAUUUUCUGAUUCUAGUAAUGUAAAGGAAGAAAGAAAAAAAAAGAAACACCAUGGAAGUGAUGAAAAUGAUGAGAGUGAUGAGCAAAGUAAAAGUGAUGAAAAAAGUGAAAGUGAUGAAAAAAGUGAAAGUGAUGAUAACAAAAGUAGUGAUGAUAACAUAAGUAGUGAUGAUGACAAAAGUAGUGAUGAUAACAAAAGUAGUGGUGAUAACAAAAGUAGUGAUGAUAACAAAAGUAGUGAUGAUAACAAAAGUAGUGGUGAUAACAAAAGUAGUGAUGAUAACAAAAGUAAAGAUGAUCAGAAUAAUUAUUACGAAUUUAGCAAAACUAAAAAUAAUAUAUUUCAAUAUAAAAAGGAAGACUAUGAAAGAUUCAAUAAAAAUGUUAAUAAAAAUGUAUAUUGGGUAUCUUUAAAUGGAAUAGAAAAUUGGAUAUUAUUAAAAUCCACUACUCCAAAAUAUAUUGAAAUAGCUAGCCAAAUGAAUAAAAUGCUUACUGGUCAUAUGAAUGAAAAAAUAACUUCUUUUCCUAACCUUUCUAUUAAGGAAAAACAUUACCUAAGAGCCCUAAUAUCAAUAAUAUCUUCCUCUACACAUAUAUCACCACAAAAUUAUUUUAUAAAAAAAAAGGAGGGAGGGAAAAAAAAAGAUGGGGGGAAGUAUAAGAAUGAUGAUAAGGAUGAAGAAGAUGAAGAUGAAGAAGAAAAUGAAGAUGAAAAUGAAGAUGAAAAUGAUAACAAUAAUGAUAAUAAUAAUAAUAAUAACAAUAAUGAUAAUAAUAAUAAUAAUAAUGAUGAUAAUAAUAAUUAUGAUGAUGAUGAAAUAAUUAAAAAUAAAAAUUUUCAUUUCGAUAUACAACUAUUAAAGAAUAUACAAAAUUGGGUUUAUUGUAAAUUCUCUUUUUUACCUAAUGGUCAUAUUUUUUAUCCAAAAAGUGAAAAUUUAAAAAAAAAAAAAAAUUUAACACUUUUUAUGAAUGAAAAUAAAGUUUUAAAUAUUUUAAGAAAUAUUUCUGAUCAAAAAGAUUAUAAAAAUAUAUGGAAAAUAAAACACCUAAAUCAUGGAGAUUAUUAUGGUAAAAAUCAAUUACAUUAUGAUAUUAUUAUUAUUUAUAAUUUCCUUUUUUAUGGAGCAUUUACUAUAUAUUCUAAUAAACAAUAUUUCAAUUUCUAUAUUGGAAAUGGUAUAAAAUCUAAGCAUGUAUAUUUACAUACGUACCAGCCUCAAAAAAUUCAGUCCGACAAAAGUGAACUAUCAGAAAUGGAGCAAACGGAUUAA